AUGUCCGACCAACCGAUUCAUAGAGAGGGCUCUGAUUCUUCUCUCAACGCCCUCGCCAACCCCAAUAACGGAUCAGAGAUCGCGUCACCCCGGUCCAGCACCGAAUCCCGCUCCUCAUCCCGCAAUCACAACCAGCUCCGCGUGUCACAUAUGCCCCCCGCAAAUCAUCAACAUCGCCAAAGCUUGAGCGAGACGCUCCGUGGUCCUCCGGGAUCACCGCGCUCUCGGCGACAACCUUCUUUGAACCAGUCUGCUAUCCAGAGCUUGAUCGAUAACCCUCCUCCUCCAAAGAACGCCGACCCCGCAUUUAUUGGUCGGGAUUGGCAGCAGAUCUCCAUUGGCGAGCUUGUUAGCCCAGAGGAUCUGCGUUUCGUUGAGCUGGACACAGGAAUUGAGGAAGCGACAAACAUACUGAUCGACUCUGGUACCCCGGUCUUGCUUAUCCGCGAAUCCACAGAGAAAACCUCCGCCGUUGCCACAUUUGACUACUCGGACUUGAACACUUAUCUGCUUUUGGCAGCGGGUCUGGCCCUUCCGCAGGAGCACAACCGGGCAUCAUACGAUGAGCUUGCCAAGAAAGCACGCGAGGGCGAGAAAAUCCCUCUCAAAGAUGUCAAGGGCCUGGGUAUGGAGAAAGAGCCAUUGAUCACCCUGCCCGCAUCGGCGAAUGUUCUUACCGCCGUGGAGACGUUUGGUGGUGGAAUCCACCGAGUUGUGGUGGUUAAAGAGUCCAAUGACCAAGAGGUCGUAGGCAUCUUCAGUCAGUUUAGACUGGUCAAGUUCCUCUGGGAAAAUGGACGCAGCUUCCCUGCAAUUGAGCAGCUUUACCCGCAGGCGCUGGCCCAAUUACGUAUUGGCUCGCACAAUGUGAUAUCUAUCAACGGCGACAAACCCCUCAGUGAAGCUCUUCAGCUGAUGAAUGCCGAGGGUAUAACAUCUCUGGUUGUGGUAGACAAUCAUUCCAACGUGGUUGGCAAUAUAUCUACUACGGAUGUUAAGCUAUUGACUCGGUCAUCCUCUCUGCCUCUACUCCAAAAUACAUGCACGCACUUUAUUUCCGUGAUUUUGUCUACCCGGGGGCUGAUCGAAGGUCAAGACUCAUACCCAGUCUUUCAUGUCAAUCCAACAUCUACAUUGGCCCAUACAGUUGCGAAGAUUGUCGCCACAAAAUCCCAUCGCCUUUGGGUGACUGAUCCAUUGUCGCCAGCCUCCUCAGGACCCCCGACUCCUUCUCACUCGUCUGCGCACAUUCCUCUGGCCGCUACAUCUAGUACGGCUGUCAACAGUUCAAAUAUUGGAAUAUCCCCUCCAGCCUCUCCACUUCCUCCAGCCGCGACUUCCAUCCCGGCAUCAAGCCAGGCCACACCCCAUCUACCAACACCGCCCCAUCUCUAUGCUAAUACAGAGUCAACCCCUGGUGCGACACCGCCCCUAGUGCCCUCUGUUCCAGCUGCUGCGUUGCCAGGCGCCCGCCUUUCGGGGCGUCUCGUUGGUGUUGUGAGUUUGACGGACGUUUUGAACCUCCAUGCUCGUGCCAGUGGUUUGAAUCCAGCAGAUCCGGCCGAAUUCCGGCGCCGACGACGCAGCAGUUCUUCAAGCAUGAGCGUUCAUCGCAGCGGCGAGGUUGGCCGUGAGAUGUUUAGUCGUGGUAUUUGA